AUGAAGUUUGUCUACUGGACGAGCUGUCAUAUGGAACGAAAGCGCAAAUUGCCUGCGCGGGCAGCUGCUCGAGGAGAAACCGCUGCAAAAAAGCGCAAUGUUACGCCCCGAGAGCGCUCUGCGACACCCGCUGCUCCCCCGCCAGCGCCAGUCCCAGCCCCAGAUCCGGAGCCAGAAGAGCCUCCGCCGCCGCCGCUGCCCAAGUCGGUCCAGGCUGGCAAACCGCUUCCUACGGUCGAAGUCGCGCAGCCUGAGGAUCUCUCUUCCAAGGAGUAUCAGUCUGUUGGCGAAAGCGGCGUACUCGCCGAAUCGCUCUCACGAUCCCGUCACAAAUGGAUUAGCGAAGGUCUUUUUGCUAAAUAUUGGACGAAACCGCACAAGCGCAAGGGUGUACUCAACGAAGACCCCAAGAAUCCGCCCAAGGAGACCAUGUCAAAGGUCGGCAAUGUGACAAUCACAAUCGAGCCGCAUAUAAUCGAAGCGACGAUGUAUGUGGUCAAGGAUCCAAAACCGAAAGUCCAACCAUCACCACAACAACAACCGCAGCAACGUCCGAUUAUUCAAUAUGGCCCUCCAAAUGGCUCGAUGCCCCCACCAGUCGCACCUCCAGCACCGACAGCUGGCACCCCCAACCAGACCAAGGUAGCUACGCCAAAAUCUGUGCCGCCCAGUCCAGCCCCGGGUGCGGCUCAGAGUCCGGCGCAACCACCUCAACCUAUUCCUCGGGCUCCUCAAGUUCAGACUGCCGCCCUGUCGACAGCUCAAAAGCCUGGAAAUGCUCCGCCAUCCAACAUGACACCACCUGCAAACCCGACCUACCAACAGAGACCACAAGCUGUAGGAGGACCUGUAGCACCAUCUCCAACCCCUCCGCCAGUAGGGCAUCCGUCACCUAACGUUACUGGGCCGGCUGCACCGAUUCCAGCACCGGCGCCAGCUGGCCCAAUGGCCGCUCCUGCAAUGUCUCCAGCGCCGAGACCACCGCCAAAUGCUCAAGCACCAGCAGGUGGCCUCGCGAAGCCCGCCCCAGCGCCAGGACCUGCAGCGCCAGGUUCCGCGCCUGCGGCGAAACCCUCUGCAAAUGACCCUGUUAUUGCUUUGCUCGCGCAAAAAGCAUCAGGAGACGCAGAGCUUCGUGAUCUCAUGAAGAGAGUGGCCGUGGGACAGGCAAAAGAGGGCGAAUUGGCGCAUUUCCAAAAGAUAAUUGAUCAAUUGAAUGCGGAAUAUCGAAGCAGGGGAGGGCAACAAGGACCAUCAGCCGACCGACUUUUAGUGGAUGGUCGAACGGUUCAAUAUUUCGCUACUGAGGUUCGGACCAUUCUUGACAUUGUUCUGGCUUCAAACCCCAACCAGAAAUCGUCUGACUUGCGACCACCACAAGGAAGUGAUCCACUCGUCGUUCAGCUUGUCAAAACUGCCUUGGAUGAUACAAAGACUCGAGAUAUGAUCCGCAGGAUUGCGGAAAGCCGACCGGGCUUCACCGAUGCCACGGAUCUGAAGGAAAUAUUGGAUAGACUGCACCGCGAUAUGAAGAGUGCGCCACAAGCUUCUGCUCCAGUACAAAACCGACAGCCAGCUCCGAAUGGCAUGCCAAAUGGUCAGGCUAAAGCGCCACAAACUUCGGCCUAUCCUGGGGUUCAGGCUCUACGGUCCAAGGGGCCUCCACCUGCUCCCAAGCAAGAUGUCACGGCAGUUGUAUUCGACUUUGGAAGUGGAGAUCGAUAUCUUUUCCCCAAGUUCAGCAUCUUGGAAUAUUUACCUACAUCAUCCGGCCAGCAAGUCGUCGCUUCAUUCCUGAUUGUUCGUAAGGGAAGCACGUCAGAAUAUGGAGGAGACCCCAAACUUGAUUAUUACCAGCCUGUCACGAUACGCCUUUUCACGCAGACCGGUCGCCAAUUGGAUAAUCUGGCACGAGUUGUUGCUCCUCAGGAUGAGGUUCGGCGUUAUAUGGAUGAUGUGAUGGACAACAUGACAAGGGCUGAGUACGUGCUUUUGGCCAUGAGGCUUCCAAAAGCCUCACCAGAUGGCGAGAAGGAUGGCACAGCUUCGGAGGAACCCAGAACCAAUGGAUCUACACCAAAACCCGACGCAGCAACCGAAGCAAAGGCCGCCCCGAAACCUGGUGUCCUCUGGAUUUCCAAAGGAAACUCAGAAACGCCAUCAGUGGAAGGGCGGUUGUCUAAGCCUGCUCGGGAUGCUGAGCAGGAAGCGGAGGCCAAAUAUCAGCGUUUGAUAAACCAGGUGUCCGCUAAAAACACUGGAGCUUAA